UUGCUGAAGCGAAUUAGUGAGGAAAGGGAAAAUGGCGGACCUCGAAGACGUUACACUGGACGGGAGGCCGCUACAAUCUCUAAGGGUGGCGGAUUUGAAAGCUGCUUUGGAGGAGCGGGGGCUUCCUAAAAGCGGACAGAAAAAUGCUCUCAUUAAGAGGCUCAAAGGGGCUCUCAUGCUGGAGAACCUCCAGAGAACCUCACACCAUCACAUAGGACUGCAGCCAAACUCCCAGAUUGGUGAAGAGAUGAGCCAGAAUAGCUUCAUUAAGCAGUAUCUGGCAAAACAGCAGGAGCUCUUGAGGCAGCGUCUUGAGAAAGAGGCCCGGGAAGCAGUCGAAGAUGAUGAUACAGACCAAGAGGACCACACACAGGGCAAUAACAGCUCUGCCUGUGCUGCCCCAGACCAGGAUGACGUACCCGUGUUGGUUGACCAGCACAAGCCACUUGGCCCCUCCGGGGGAGAGGGACUAGCAGGCCCUGCAAGCGAGGGAGAGGGACACAGGGCCAAAGACGGCCAUGUGUCUGGUCCACCUCCCUCUACCUCUCCUACCUCUGCCGUUGCUUCUCUGUCUGUGUGUGUAGCUGAUGGUGAGCAGCGACCGGAGAGAGUCCCAACCUCUAGCCAAGUCCCAGCAGAUAGCGAUGAUGACAGCGACGGAGGUGACGAGGAUGGCGAGGAUGAGGACUGGGAUAGCGGUGCCAGGAGGAGGAAUCUAGGAGAGCCACCAAGGGGCCAGCUAGCAAGAGAGAGGUCUGAAGGAUCCCGCCAACCCCCACAGCACAACCCCCCCCUGUUGUCUCCGCAGCUUCGACAGCCUACCCCUCCCCCGUCCCCUCCCCCAGAGUUAUCAUUCCCACUGCCUGAUACCCCUAAACAGCCCCCUAGUCCAGGUGAGCUCCCGGCUAGGCAGCGUACUUCCAGUACCUCCAGCUCUGGCUCCUCUAGCAGUGGCAGUCGUAGUAGCAGUCCAGAACCACAAAGCAACGCAGAGCGCAAGCCUGGCCCACUGACCCUGCUGGCACGCAAGAUGGCAUCAGAAGGUGCCUUCUCUGGAGUUGGGUGGCAUGGACGUGGGGAGGCAGAAAGGCAGGACAACAAUGCUGCAACUGCAACAAUAUUUCCUGGUAGAGGUCCUCAAGAGGGCACAGUGUCUGCCAUCACCCACACAGCCAAUGCUGCAGCCAGUUUGCCCUUCCCCAGUCUGGUUCCAGUUACCAACCAGGGUGUCCUUGGAGGCCAUCUAUCCCACAGUCAAGUUCCUGUGAGUGUGCUUAGGCCCACUAUAAUGGAAGAGAGAGAUUCUGCAUGGCAACAAGAAAACAAGGAAAGGGAGCUGCAGGCAGAGAGCGAAAGAGAAAAGGCCCUUGAGCAAGAGAGACUUAGAGCCGUGGAGCUGGAAAGACAGAGAAUAUUUGAGCAACAGCGUGCCAUGGAGCAAGAGAGGGAAAGAGCUUUGGAGCGAGAGAGAGGGGAGAAGGAGAAAGCCUUGGACGCUGAAAGGAAGGAGAGGGAAAGGGCUUUGGAGCGAGAGAGGGCACAAGCUCUUGAACAAGAGCGGGAGGAAAGAGAGAAAGCUUUGGCAGAAGAGAGAGAGAAGUCUGAGGCAAGAGAGAGGGCCCUUGAGCUUGAGAAGGCUGUGGAGUUAGAAAGGCAGAGAGUCAUGGAACGAGAGCAAGCUUUGCAGCAAGAGAGAGAGGAGAGGGAAAGAGUUGAAGCUUUUGAGCGGGAGAAGAGGGAAAGGGCUCUUGAGCGGGAGCAAGUUCUUGAACAAGAAAGGGUGGAGGCAGCGAGAGCGUUGGAGCAAGAAAGGGUGGAGAUGGAGAAAGCCUUGGAGCGAGAGAGACAGGAAAGAGAGAGAGCCUUGGAGCGAGAACAGUUGGAGAGGGAGAAAGCAUUGGAGAUGGAGCGUAUAGAGAGGGAAAAGGCUUUGGAGCAAGAGCGAGUUGAGAAAGCUUUGGAGCUAGUGAGGCAGAAAGCUUUGAAGCGGGAACAGGAGGAGAGGCAGAAAGCGCUGGAGCUAGAGAGGCAGGAAGCGCUGGAGCUAGAGAGGCAGAAAGCGCUGGAGCUAGAGAGGCAGGAAGCGCUGGAGCUAGAGAGGCAGGAAGCGCUGGAGCUAGAGAGGCAGAAAGCGCUGGAGCUAGAGAGGCAGAAAGCGCUGGAGCUAGAGAGGCAGAAAGCGCUGGAGCUAGAGAGGCAGAAAGCGCUGGAGCUAGAGAGGCAGAAAGCGCUGGAGCUAGAGAGGCAGAAAGCGCUGGAGCUAGAGAGGCAGAAAGCGCUGGAGCUAGAGAGGCAGAAAGCGCUGGAGCUAGAGAGGCAGGAAGCGCUGGAGCUAGAGAGGCAGGAAGCGCUGGAGCUAGAGAGGCAGGAAGCGCUGGAGCUAGAGAGGCAGGAAGCGCUGGAGCUAGAGAGGCAGGAAGCGCUGGAGCUAGAGAGGCAGAAAGCGCUGGAGCUAGAGAGGCAGAAAGCGCUGGAGCUAGAGAGGCAGAAGGCGCUGGAGCUAGAGAGGCAGAAGGCGCUGGAGCUAGAGAGGCAGAAGGCGCUGGAGCUAGAGAGGCAGAAGGCGCUGGAGCUAGAGAGGCAGAAGGCGCUGGAGCUAGAGAGGCAGAAGGCGCUGGAGCUAGAGAGGCAGAAGGCGCUGGAGCUAGAGAGGCAGAAGGCGCUGGAGCUAGAGAGGCAGAAGGCGCUGGAGCUAGAGAGGCAGAAGGCGCUGGAGCUGGAGAGGCAGAAGGCGCUGGAGCUGGAGAGGCAGAAGGCGCUGGAGCUGGAGAGGCAGGAAGCGCUGGAGAGGCAGGAAGCGCUGGAGAGGCAGAAAGCGCUGGAGCUGGAGAGGCAGGAAGCGCUGGAGCUGGAGAGGCAGAAAGCGCUGGAGCUGGAGAGGCAGAAAGCGCUGGAGCUGGAGAGGCAGAAAGCGCUGGAGCUGGAGAGGCAGAAAGCGCUGGAGCUGGAGAGGCAGAAAGCGCUGGAGCUGGAGAGGCAGAAAGCGCUGGAGCUGGAGAGGCAGAAAGCGCUGGAGCUGGAGAGGCAGAAAGCGCUGGAGCUGGAGAGGCAGACAGCGCUGGAGCUGGAGAGGCAGAAAGCGCUGGAGCUGGAGAGGCAGAAAGCGCUGGAGCUGGAGAGGCAGAAAGCGCUGGAGCUGGAGAGGCAGAAAGCGCUGGAGCUGGAGAGGCAGAAAGCGCUGGAGCUGGAGAGGCAGAAAGCGCUGGAGCUAGAGAGGCAGAAAGCGCUGGAGCUAGAGAGGCAGACAGCGCUGGAGCUAGAGAGGCAGACAGCGCUGGAGCUAGAGAGGCAGACAGCGCUGGAGCGAGAACAGGAGAGGGAGAAAGCGCUGGAGCAAGAGCGAGUUGAGAAGGAGAAAGCUUUGGAGCUAGAGAGGCAGAAAGCUUUAGAGCGGGAACUGGAGGAGAGGGAGAAAGAUAGGGAGGAGAAGGCAAGGGCUUUGCACCAAGAAAGAAUUGAAAGGGAGAAAGAAAGAGCCAUGGAGAAAGAAAGAGUGGAGAGGGGAAAAGCUUUGGAACGUGAGAGAGAGGAGAAGGAGAGUGCUUUAGAACAGAAGGCCCUGCAGAGAGAAAAAGAAGAGAGGGAGAGUGUUUUGGAACAAGAUAAGGAAAGGGCUAUGGUGGCUGAGAGGGAGAGUCAUCUUCCUCCAUGGAAACGUGGUCGUGAGAUUGGUCUUACCCCCCUGCCCACUCCUCCCCUCUCCACAGGAGCAGGUAGAAUGGCGGCAACAGAGGAGGGUGGGGAGCCCCACGUGCCAUCCCUACCCCAAACAGCAUCGAGAGACAACCAGCCAGUUGAAUCUGGUACGCCCCUGUCACCAACUAUAGCAACGCCUCUGUCACCCCAGUCCUCCUUCAAGAAGUUCCGUUUCUUGAGAGACCCCCCAGUUCUGUCCCCAUCUUGCUCUGCAUCCCUGGUCAUCAAGAGGCCCCGUACAUUCUCUGACAGCCCCCAUACUCAGGCCUCCGCUCUCCAGUCCCCAAGAAAACCUGGGGAACAAGAGCAGGAAAGUACUCUGCAGGGGUCCAAGCUUUCUUCUGGACAGGCAGCAUCACAGAUGCCUGCAAGACAGGGGUUCCUUGUUUCUGGACCAACUGCAGCAGACACGUCAGACACGACAGGGCCAGAGACCCCAGUGAUUGCCACACUAGGCAAGAGUCCUGAAGAAGAAAAGGCUAAGGAGCUUGUGUCAGAGGAGCAUGUCUUAGCAGAUAAGGAGACAAACAAACAGGAAGUGGGAGAGAUAGCCAGAGGUGCUAAACGGGUGGAUGCAGGAAACGUCCCCUCGGGUCCAGCAGAAUCUGUGGUACCUCCCUCACCCCCACCGGAAGAGGGCAAUGUAGACCGGGGAAGGGAGAGAAGUCAAAAGAAACAAGAGAAGCGGGGAAGACGAGCUUCCUCAUCUAGUGACUCCUCAGAUUCUGACUCUGGGUCAUCCUCCUCACGCUCGUCUGGUUCAUCUUCGUCCUCCCAGGGCAAAACUCGCACCACUCCCAGUGGUAGAAAGCCUGAGAAACCUCAGACAAAAAACAUAUCCCAGGAUAAGGAGACAGUUAGUCAACUUGAGGAGUCAAAGGAGUCCCCAAAAGCACCCCAGCGCAAAAAUCGGGUACCUGGGGAGAAGGACAUGACCAUCGAUGGAGCCAGACACGGCAAGAAAUCGUUUGUUGGAAUACCUGCUGGACAAGACAAUGAGCAGAAGGACAGCGAGGGAGAGGAGGAAAUGACAGACACUACAAGCGAGGUGAAGGAGGCUGCCAUGGCUGAGCCUGAGCGGGCUCCUGAGAGCAGUGAGGAGAGUCUGACGCCAAAGGCAUUCACAGCCCGUAGGAUCUCCCUGAGCAGCAGCAAGGCCUCUCCAGGUGUCGUCAGUGCAGAGGGCGAGGCAGAGUCUGGGGCCGGCCCCGGGAGGAAGAGGAGGUGGGGUUCCAGCACUGCGGUCACAGCCAAGAAACCAUCCAUCAGCAUCACCACAGACUCACUGAAGUCUCUGAUCCCAGACAUCAGGCUGAGUCCAGGACAGGAGGCGGUGGUGGAUCUGCACCCAGAGGAAGCUCACCUCUCUGGGGGAGAGGAGGACAGGGAGCAGGGCGAGCAAGACUUCAAGAUCAGACGCACGGUCACACAGGUGGUCCUGUCCGAGACCCAGGAGAAUGGACCGAAGGAGUCCAAGAGGAGUGAGAACAUGGAGGACAGAGAGGAUGGAGUGGAGGUUAAAAGCGACAGAGAGGAGAAGAUGGACGACUCAUUCCAGAGAGACUCCAUGGAGACACAAUCCCCCUCUCCCCCCAUCCAUGACAUGGAGAUGAACACAGUGACCCCAAGUGACACCCUGAUCCGUCGCUCCAUCAGCCAGCAGAAGUCUGGCGUGUCCAUCACCAUAGACGACCCUGUCCGCACGGCCAAGCAGCCCUCUCCUCCACGAGGCAAAGUGUCCAACAUCGUCCACCUGUCCAACCUGGUUCGGCCGUUCACCCUGGGUCAGCUGAAGGAGCUGCUCAGCAGGACUGGCACCGUGCUGGAGGACGGCUUCUGGAUCGACAAGAUCAAAUCUCACUGCUACGUCACCUACUCCAGUGCAGAGGAGGCAGUGGCCACUCGUGCAGCACUACAUGGGGUGAAAUGGCCUCAGAGCAACCCCAAGUUCCUCUGUGUGGACUUCAGUCAGCAAGAGGAGCUUGACUUCCACAGAGGCUUGCCACCCCCCGGGGGGGCUGGAGAGGAGGAGCGGGGGGCUUCAUCGGUGCCUGGCCGAGGUCGGGGGGCAGCCCUGCCCCCUCUCCUGCCCGAGCGUGACCAGUGGGCAGAGCGAGAGCGUGAGAUGGAGCGCAGGGAGAGGACCCGGGCGGAGAGGGAGUGGGACAGGGACAAGGUCCGGGACUUUGGUCCCGGAAAACCUGGAGAGGAUGCGGGCCCCAGACGAUCACGCUCCAGAGAGAGGAAGCGCAAGGAGAGGAAAACGGACAAGAAAGAGAAAGCUGCAGAGGAAGCCCCUGCCAAACUGCUGGAUGACCUGUUCAAUAAAACCAAAGCAGCCCCUUGUAUAUACUGGCUCCCCCUCACAGAAGAGCAGUUUACACAGAGGGAAGUAGCUCGACAAGAGAGGAGGAAGGAGCGAGAGAAGAGGAGGAAGGAGCAGCAAGAGGAGGAGGAGAAGAAAAGGGAGGAAGAGCGCAAAGAAAGGAUAAAAGCAUCUGGUGAAAGAGGCGAGGGAGACAGGGACAGAGAGCGAGACAGGGAAAGGGGCAAAGACAGGGACCGAGACAGAGAGGGUGACAAACACAGAGAAAGCACCCACCGCAGACCAGGGGGCAACAGUGCAGGGGUGGGCAGACGCUCUCGCAGCCGCAGUGAUCCUCCACCUCGUGACAGACGACGCUAGAGGGAAUUGGUGUGGCUGAAACUGUCUUAAAAUAACCCCCCAUUCCCCAUCACUACAUGUACUUUGUUAGAACUAAGACCCUACAGAGGACCAACACACACACACUGACACACAUAUAUAUAUAUAUACGCACACACGCACACACACACACACUGGGACCAUGGUUUGAGCAGUGUUUCCCCCAGACUGCAGUCUGUCUUGCUUCAGUCUGAAAGUCUAGAUUUUAUAUGUGUUCAUUUUGCCUAAGUAUAUUCUUAUUAGUUUUUUAAAUAUUCUUGGCAGAUUGGCAACCAACUCUUUUCCCCUUAUUUCCCCCCCGUGCAUAUCUGAAGAUGAAGUGCUCUAUGUAGAGUUCUAUGCAUACACACACAGCGGUUUUUCUCCUUCCCCUGGGUUGUGUAUUCCACAACUGGUUUCUGUGGGGUGCUUUGUCAUGGCUGCGUGCUGUCCCAGUCAGUCUGCCGUCCUCCACCUUGAUUCCUGUGGAGGACUGACGGUGUUGCGCAAAGUUCUGUCUUUGUUUAGUUUGAAAGAUGAGAGACUAUAUUCUUGCAAGAGAUUAGAAUCUUCUAUACGCUUCUUUCUGUCAAUCCUUUGCCCCCAGUCAACGCAGGCUGGAAAAGGGGUGCGUAUUAAUACACACAAGCGGAUUUAAUAUUGUUUUUAAUCGUUAUUAAAGAAUACUUUAUUGUUUUUUGGUUUACCCCUGUAAGUGGUGAAUGUACAAAUAAAUAAAAAAUAAGUUUGAAAAACCUUUUGCACUUGUUUUCUGCAAGAGUACUUAUAUCAGUAGAACGUUAUUUUAGAUUAUCAUUGUAAAAUGGAAUCCUUUUUUUUUUUUUUACUGUUACAACCAUUACAUGUUCCAAGUAACAUAGUCAUUAUUACUAUGCAGCAGAAAGAAAAUAUUCAGUAAUAUUGGAGAUCCACAAGGUGUCACUGAUGCACAAUAGGGCUUAAUUAAUAAUUUUACAAAUUGAAUCAAAUUGGUCACAUGGUGAGCAGAUGUUAAUGCGAGUGUAGCGAAAUGCUUGUGCUUCUAGUUCCAACAGUGCAGUUGGAAGUCGGAAGUUUACAUACACUUCAAUAAAACUUGUUUUUCAACCAC